UCUGCUUUCCGGUGCAUCAUUUGCGUCAGUUUGAACCAAAGACUCCCAAGGUUGAGGCCGAGUUCCAGAACAUGGGGUCUCAGGUGUCCAAGCCUUUGGAGUUCUCCAAGAUCGCUGCGCCUCCCGAUACCGCCGCCGCGCCCGCCAAGCCUGCGCCCCCAGCUACACCCGGAGCGCCGACCUCCCCAGCAGAACACCGCUUGUUGAAGACUUGCUGGAGCUGUCGCGUGCUUUCUGGGUUGGGGCUGAUAGGGGCGGGCGGGUACGUGUACUGGGAGGCACGGAAACCCAUGAAGAUGGGAUAUCCCCCGAGUCCAUGGACCAUUACGAAGAUGGUCAUCGGCAUCAGCAUUGCCACCUGGGGUAUGGUUGUCAUGGCGCACCCCAAAGGGAAGGCCUACCGCGUUGCUUGAAAGUACCACCAGGGAUUCUGUCUUCUGUCCCUGUCCCCAUGACACACAGAGCAGGCAUGGAGAUUAAUGGAUGUUCUGGACAGACACUUGUCCAUGGACAGACAUCACUACUGUGGAUACUACAAGACUGAAAAGACAAUCAUAUGUUGUCAUUCUCUGGCUAUAGAGUGUUAGUGACCUUCACAGGUUUCACAGGAACCAAUAAAUCCUCAGAGAAGUAAACAGGUUCUUUGUCUUAUCUGGGGAAGGAAAGUAUAAUUUAUAUUUAAAUAUAAUUGUUUAAGCAUUAUAUAUAAACAUUAUAUAAUAGUAUGUCAUAUAAUUGCAUAUCAUAUAUAAUAAAUAUGUUUAGUUAUAUAGUUAAUACAAUUUUUAAAACUUUUGAAUAGAGUAAAUGAUAAACCCAUGGGAAGAUUAGCUAUUUUACUUCCCUAUUUUAAAGAGUUCUUUUUCUUUCUUUCAUAAUUGGAUCAACAACUGUUACCACCCUAACCAUGGGUAGGCAUCAUGCAAUGUAUAGAAGUACAUGAAACUUUCUGUGUAUGAACUGCUCAUACUUUGCAAGGCAUUUUCAAAUCCAUCACCUUAUGAGAGCUUCACAGCCAGUCUGAGGUAGUUACUUCAUUGGAGGUAAACCUUAGAACACAAGAAAGAGCCUACAUGAUUUGCCUAGGGUCAUUCAGUAAGUCGGUGGUGGAGCUAGAACUUGGUCUUGUCAGUUUUUUGUUCUAGUCUUCCCUUUCAUGGAGGUAAGAAUAACCAUUAUGAAACAGAUAAUCAUAAAAAUCAGCAUACAAUAAAAGACUUAAAUGUCACAAGAAAAAUUCAAAACCUUUAGCUAAAAAAAAAAAAAAAAAAAAAAAUCUUUUGAUUCCUUUUCCACAAGCACUAGAUAGUUUCUGCAAUGAUUUUGAGAUAAGUACUCAAAAUUACAUAGUUCAUUUCUAAGAAAAGACCAUGUUUUCUACCUAUUGGGUUUUUCUACCCUGAGAUACUAUGGCUUCUUUGUAAAGGUAUAUAAAGUGUUUUUCAAAGCGGAAAGUAAAGGUAUGUAAAGUGUUUUUCAAAGCGGAAAGAUACUGUUAAAUUCAGCUGCUAAUCAUAGUCUAUGUGUUUGGAAUGACAUGUUGAGCAAGUAGUAUCUUUAAGGCUGUUGAUUUUUGCAGUAUUAUAUGGAAGUGCCUAAGUCUGUUUAGCCUUACAGAUGACUUUAGAAUCUUGUGUUUUCUACAUCAGAGUUCAUGGUGGGGAUGGUGCUAUAUAUAUAUCUAUGCAAUUGAGAAGGAAAACAUUUCAAACCUAAAGUAGGCAACAAGAUAUUAUUUAUAUGAAAUCCACGAUUCAGUUGUGCAGUGUUCAUGAAUAUAGAAGUUUUAAGUUGGAAGGGACCAUAGAUGACCCAAAGCAGAUCACAUAUGGUCAUUCAUUUACCUAAAAUACCUACAAAGACAAGUUGUUCCCUGGUUUAAAAGGCAGUCUGUUCUAUUGAUGGACUGCUUUAGUCUGAACAUUUUCUUAGGUUAAGCCAAAAACACAUAAACCUAACUUGGUCUUGGCUUGAUCUACUGCAUAAACAGUAACUCUUAAACAUAUGUACAGUUGACCCUUGAACAACACAGGGGUUAAGAGCGCUGAACAUUUGCUUAGUGGAAAAUCUGCAUAUAACUCGACUCCCCAAAACCUUAAUUAGUAGUUAGUCUGCCAUUGACUGGAAGCCCUACCAAUAACAUAAAGCAGUUGAUUAACACAUAUUUUUUGUGCUGUAUGUAUUAUAUACUGUAUUGUUAUAAGAAGCUAGAGAAAAGGAAACAUUAAGGAAGUAAUAUAUUCACUAUUCACUAAGUAGAAGUGAAUCAUCCUAAAGGUCUUCAUCUUCAUCUUCACGCUGAGUUGUCUGAGGAGGAGGAGCUGUUCUUUCUGUCUCAGUGGUAGAGGUGGAAGAAAAUCCACAGAUAAGUGGACCUGCACAGUUCAAACCUGUGUUAUUUGGGUCAACUGUGUUGUAAUAGCAUUUUAAUCUUUUUUUCAGACUUUUACAAGUAUGAAUCUGAGCUUUUUCUGAAUAAACCUGCCAGCUCACCAU